AAAAGAGGCCUAGUCUCUUAUCAAAACUGCUGGAAAAGCGCAAGGAGCAGUUAAUUGGCAGUACAGCUGUACAGGAAUGCACAAAUUGCUGUGCCUUGAAAGAAAAAAUAAAGCAGCUGGAAGAAGACAACAGAAGAGUAGUUCUUUACUUGGACACCAUAAAUGAGUUGAAGAGCAUGGAGUGUGCGCUGAAAGGGGGCUUAGAAGAAAGAAGUGCCCCUUUAAAGCAUCAAAAACCAGCCAUAUUUGCACAUCCACACUCAUCGCAAGACAACCAGGUGGACCCCCUUGAGGAUGAUGUGACCAUUGCUGAUGGCGUUACAGUUAACAAAAUACAGCUUAUGCGAUGCAACCAUCAGAGACCUUCAAAACUUGUGUGUGAUCUGCUUGGGGUGAUGUUCACAAUGGAGGAGCUGUCAACACACUCCUUAACUGGAUUAAAGGGAGGUGCAUCAGAGAGUGUGAAACCUUGCUUGAAUAAGAAGCAUGUCAAUGCCAUUUUUGAGUACACUUUAAAGAAGUUUCCAUCUGCAAAUAUUAACGAGCUAAGAGUGGCAGCAAGAAAUAAAUUAAACAAUGCAAGCAAGCUGUUCAAGAAAGGAUCUUACCAAAUUCUGGAUGAGGAGUAAAGGAAGGAUGUUGGAUACAAUUUCUGACUUUUCUAUAAAUCUAUUUUUAAAAUACAUUGUUUUAUGAGUUAUCUCUUUAGUGCAUUAAAUGUUAUUACUUUGGACCCCAGUAAAAGACAU